CAACUCUCUCUCUUCGAACGUGCGACCGUCAUGAGCUGCGAAUUUACUCCCGAUGGCAGCACCAGUACCGACUCUGGUUCAACUCUGUGCGAGAAGGAGAACGAUCUAAUCGCCACAUCACCACCUCGUCACCAUGAUCCACUGCUGAAACAGAAGCGCUCGACCCGCUUCUAUGCACCUGGAGCUACAUCGAAAUUCAAUCAAGCGCCAUUCGCUGGUAGCGCUGCCAAGAGGGAGAGUCUUCAGUCAUUGGGGUCGAUUGUCCAUCUGCAAGACUUUUACCGUAGACAAGGCUUAGCCGCUCGUCAGUCGCCACUCAGCAGUCGUCAGCUUCAACCAGCUCUCGGCCCUGCUGCGCUGGCCGAGUCUGAAGCCGACGAUCAUGGUGUACUCGCCGCCAAGCUGGCUGCGCUGCGUGCGAGUGACGACGAUACGACUGUCGUCGACACGCUCGCAGCUCUUGAGGGAAGGUCGGCCCCCGUUGAGGUCCUUGAGCAGCCUAUCACGCAGUCAACGUGGAAGGGCAGGGCCUAUCCCGAUAUAGCCAAGCCAGUUGAGGCAGACCUCAAGAGGCUGAGGCAGACGAUGCUGAGCUGCCUUGACCAAACCUGCCGCCACUGGGAUCUUCACGGCUCCUCCGGCCCCUCUCAACCGACCUCACGAUCGAUCGACGUCCUCGACCUGAUCAAUACCACAACCCAAGCGAUCCGUGCAGUCCGCAACUACCUUUUCGCCCUUCCUCCCUUGGUUGUCGAUACGCAGCCAUCAGAUCUACAACAAGCCAGCAACGGUAACCUCUCGGCUCCACCCUCGCUACGCAAAAAACCCUCCUCCAAUCUCAAGGCGCAGCACCACGCGGGUAGCGUAAAGGCCAAGGAUGCCUUCAAGCGGCAAAGCAGUUUCUUUGGCGUUUCGAGAGGCACUCUUCCCCAGCGGAUCCCGUCCGGCUCGUCAACGCCUUCAAGUGCGGAGCAGCAUCAACCCUUUCAGAUGAUUCAGCGACGUCAGGCGUCUCAGGAUGGGUACGAAGCAGGCGCCUACUCCGUCUCGCCGCCGCAGGAUUGGCCAAAAGACGAACGUCGUCGUCCAAGCGACGAUCAGUAUAAUGGUAGAAACGAAGCUUCACGGGAUCCCCUCGUCGUGGUACGCUCCUCUGCCCUCGAGGUGCUCGGCAUGUUGAGAGUCCUUGAGGAGAGGAGUCGCAUCGAAGGUCAUUCCGAAGCGGUCACGUCUCACGACCCUCUCCCUCCUUCUUCUUCCCUCACCAGCACUCGAAUGCUGCGAGGAGACUACAACGAGUCAUGCCUCUCCAUUGACGGAGACAGUACGACAGACGCCGGAUCUCUAGACGGGGACAUAGCGUACCGCAGCGACCUGACACUCGCAGAGCUCGGAGAGCAACGCAGCCUUGUGAGCAGCUACCUCGCUACAGUCAAUGGAGUGAUGGGCGAAGUCGGGAGGGCGGGAGCGAGAGAGGGCCGCUUGUCGCAGCAUGGGAGCGGAGACGCGGCAACGGCGAGUGACGGUGGAGCAGAAGAGGGUUUUCCCGUUUGGGCUAGAGCAGUGUUGCCUGCGAACAGCCAAAGCGAGCACGUCUGGCUGCCCCGUCUCCGCCUCCUCAUCGACGAUCUGAUCCCAUCUGAAUCUUCAACACUAGGCUCCAUAGCCUCGCCGUCACUGCACUGCAGUGCUGCACUGCAUCGCCUGGCGACGGGACACCUUCUCUGCCACGCCUACAACGCCGCCUUACGGUCUUCCAGCAAGCCGUGGGGCUUCAUUGAUCCGGCAAGCGUGCACGAUGACGUUGGCGAUGCGAAGGAGCAUGAUCAUAGCAAUGAGGAGCCACUGGUGCAGGGCCACGCAAAGGAGGUUACUACGGCGGGCACAAAUGCCACCAGCACGAGUAAAAGGGGUGGACAGUGGCGACGCACAGACAAUCUCAGGCGCUUCGCUGCGGCAGUGCAGUUGCGCUAUGGCGGGAGCGGCAGUGGCAAUGAGGCGGCCGUGGGUCGAGCAGUGCGCGUCUUCGAUGCGAAAGUUGUUGCCAGGAGGCAUGACGAGGACACGGGAUGGCAGAGGCAGCUCGAAAGCCUCAUAGAAGCGUGGCUAGGGGCGGUUGUGUAUGAGGGAAGGCAAGGUGAUGAGGAAAUCGCAUAAUCGCGAGCGUCAGAGAACAAAGCAGCUCGCCGCGAGGAGGGAGACGCCCUGUUGAUACCC